CGACAGCACGAGGCAGACGUUAUCCUGCUUGUCGGUCCCGCUUACUCAGACCUCACAGCAAACGCCCAUCUCCCUGCCCCUUCACUCACUCGGUACACCGCCUCCAGCACGCGCUCCACUCCUAUUCCACUCUGACCAUGUGGACGAUGAACGGCCUUGCGAUCGCCCUGCUGGCCUGCGCGUUACUGCUAGCCAAUGGUGUGGUGGCCCAAGAUGCUGAAGCAACAGAAGCCCCAGCAAGUGAGCCACCCGCAGACAACAGUGACGGGACGACCAAACCUUGGGACAUGGACGGCCAGCCAGACACCACCGUUCCUCCAGAUUCAGGUCUCUUGCCAGUGGCUGAAGGAGUCUCUGAUGCACCUGCUGAAAAUACGCCUCCUCCAAUUAACAGUUCCCCCAGUGCUGACAACCAGGAAGGUGGUGCCUCCGGCACCACAGCUGGCCCCACUGGUCUCAAUGAUGAUAGCUCAGUAGUCAUGGAGUUGUCAGAUCUUUCUAACGUCAUUACAACUAAGCCCGUGGUGGAGUGUGUCGGGAAGGAGGAGAUUGACGAGAGGAAAGCUGUCAAGGCUACGGUCACUAAAACUGAUUGUGAGGACACGAAACAAAUCGUUGAGGAGAGCAGCAUCAAGUGUUACACUGAAAACUGCCAAAUCAAAGUCUACCAAGAGGGAAACAACAUACAGAUGGUCAGGACUGAUGCUAAACCAAAUACGCUGGUUGAAGCCCUAAAGGGAGAAUUGAAAGACAAGCUGGGAUUGACAAAUUUAGAGGAGCCUCUGUCUUCAUCAUCGUCCUCAUCAGGGCGUUCUGUAUUUGUGGGGAUCCUGAUCAGCGGUCUGCUGGCUGCUGCUGCCAUUAUUGCCGGGUACUGCAAAUGCCAACGCCGAACUGACAGCAAGGGAGUCAAGCUGGCUGAAGAGGCGUACCCAGUGGAUCAGGAGAACCAGGGGAACACCCUCGUGUCCGUGGCUCCCCUUAGCCCCCCGACAGAAACCCAGGAGAAGCCCAACGUGAACGGCGAGUCACCUGAAGCUGAUAAGACCGAGCCUCCUCCCACCAACGGCCACUCCGCCACCAAGACUGCAGACACCGAGCUGUGAACCCCUCUUACACACAUGCACUCAUACGCACACACACACACACACACACACACACACACACACACACGCACACAGACAGACAUAUUUCAUGCAAUCCCGCCUCAGACUCAGCUACGUGGUCAUCAGGAACAUCGACACGGCUAUGGCCGCCUAUAUUCUCUCCUUUGGCUGCGUCACACAACAAGCAUCAGGAAAACUAGUCCGGUAGUGAUGGAGGUGGUGACGGUGGACGUUGACGACGGCUCAGCCCCUGUCUUGUUGACGGCGCUUGAGCUUGAGAUGAGCGCUUUUGGGUGGGAGAAAAAUGUAUUUUUUAGCAUGACUCACCCACGACCGGGUCCCGCGAGGGCUGCAGCAGCUUUUGUACAGUCGACACCCAUCAGCCUGCGUGUCAUCAGGUUCGGCGCUCCACCCUCCGCCAGAACAUAAGACACGUGCACAUGUGCCUCAUUGGCAAAGCUUUGUCCCCUUGAAUUAUUGAGCAUUUCGAUAUGUGAACGUGUGCGCAUCAUCCUCAUCAUGUCCGCAGGAUUCUUCUAACUGUACGUAAGCAAUGAAUUAAUGUGAUCUUUUUUUUUCCACUCUAACACGAAUGUGCACAAAAGUAUUGUGCUGCCAUUACAAGGAAGGUGAAGUUCAAUCUCGUAAAGUUUCUUCACUGCCGCAGGCUGCAACUGUCGAGACUCCGAGCCUCAUCAGUGUUAUUUCCUAUUCACUAUACUGUACUGUGUAUGCUAUUUUUAUAUCACUAAGCUAUGGAGCAGUGUGAAGCUGUUUGUUUUUUAUGCUAUAAUGUCUUACUUUGCUUCAACGUGCCCGUGAGGUACAUUAACAAAAUGAGCGAAACACAUGAUGGUGCAAGUGUGUGAUUUUCAUUAUUUUUAGUUGCAAAGGAUUCAUCACAGAAGAAAACUAUUUAAAUGCUGAACUGGAAAACAAUUUGACUUGAUUUAAUUUGGUGUUGUUUUUACUCACAUUCCACUGUAAUUUUGUUUUGCAAGAAGAAUGUCGAUUUAAAUUGGAUUGAAGAUCAAAAGUAUCAAAUAAACAUGUUUUUUUUUUU